AAUGUCUGGGUAUCUUAUAAAAUGGGAGGCGAAAUCGUGCUUUGUUAGAAAGCGAUUGAGCAUCGAAAUUCUCUGCAAAGAUCCAUAUGGUAGCGAAGAUACUUUCACGUCCACUAUGAAGUCAGUAGAGGCGGGGUCGCGACUGGUCAGCUCUAUUGAACUUCCGGCCUUUCAAUACUUGAAAGGAUGCUCAAAGAUUCGACAACGACUUGACUUUGCUUGA